GAGUCGUUGUCUAAGAGCUGGAAGUGUACGAAUGAGAAACUGAGAAGACCUGAAGAGGGUACUUGGUGGAGGGUGGCCUGCCUCAAGAAGCUGUGAGGCCUUACUGAGAGUUGUUUCAACAGUACUAGAGGUCCUCUAGGGUGAACAAGCAUGAAUCCCAUAUGGAAAGUGUACAAGAGCAAAGUGAUGAAGACCCUGAACCCGGACCUAGAGGAGUACACGGAGGAAGAGGUAGAGAACAAAAAGCCUAUCUUUCAUCUGCAGCUUUCCCCUGCAGAUUUCUUGCUCUCCCUGAUUCGAGUUUGUGUUCCUCAAAUUCAAGUUUGUGUUCCCAGGUGUGUGCACUGAUGUCAGAUCAGGUAAAGAGAUAGCAAGCAAGUAAGUGUGCUGAUCUAGGAUCAAGUCCCCACCCCCACUAAUGUAAUAUUAUUCACUGUGAUCUAAAAGGUACAACUGAUCCUAAAUCAGCACUCCUACUCUAAGACGCUUGAUACACACGACCGCUCAUUUAGGAUUGCGGUGGGUUCUCACAGCGACAUAUCUGUUGGUUUGCUUUUUCAUUGUUGUUGAAGUUUGACUUAUAUCAUUUUGUUCCACUCACAAAGGCUUAUUUCUGCUGGAACUUUGAGGAAACUGCAGAGCAGUUCCUCUUGUGCUUUGUUAUAGUUUUGGCCAAAACAUGCUAAUUACUGUGUCAUAGGCUUUCAAUGUCAAAAUCGAAACCCAAAUCAUUGCUACACUGCAUUCGGAAAGUAUUCAGACCCCUUGACCUUUUCCAUAUUUUGUUACUUUACAGCCUUAUUCUAAAAUGGAUUUAAAAGUUUUCCUUCCUCAUCAAUCUACACACAAUACCUCAUAAUGACAAAGCAAAAAUUUUAUUUUUAAAACAAUUUAUAAAAAAUACAAAACUGAAACAUUUACUCAGACCCUUUACUCAGUACUUUGCUGAAGCACCUUUGGCAGCGAUUACAGCCUAGAGUCUUCUUGGGUAUGACGCUACAAGCUUGGCACACCUGUAUUUGGGGAGUUUCUCCCAUUCUUCUCUGCAGAUCCUCUCAAGCUCUGUCAGGUUGGAUGGGGAGCGUCACUGCACAGCUAUUUUCAGGUCUCUCCAGAGAUGUUCGAUCGGGUUCAAGUCUGGGCUCUGGCUGGGCCACUCAAGUACAUUCAAAGACUAGUCCCGAAGCCACUCCUGUGUUGUCUUGGCUGUGAGCUUAGGGUCGUUGUCUUGUUGGAAGGAGAACCUUUGUCCCAGUCUGAGGUCCUGAGCACUCUGGAGCAGGUUUUCAUCAAGGAUCUCUCUGUACUUUGCUCCGUUCAUCUUUCCCUCAAUCCUGACUAGUCUCCCAGUCCCUGCCACUGAAAAACAUCCUCACAGCAUGAUGCUGCCACCACCAUGCUUCGCUGUAGGGAUGGUGCCAGGUUUCCUCCAGACAUGACACUUGGCAUUCAGGCCAAAGGGUUCAAUCUUGUUUUCAUCAGACCAGAGAAUCAUGUUUCUCAUUGGUCUGAGAGUCUUCAGGUGCCUUUUGGCAAAUUCCAAGCAGGCUAGAAUGUGCCUUUUACUGAGGAGUGGCUUCCGUCUGGCCACACUACCAUAAAGGCCUGAUUGGUGGAGUGCUGCAGAGAUGGUUGUCCUUCUGGAAUGUUCUCCCAUCUCCACAGAGGAACUCUGGAGUUCUGUCAGAGUGACCAUCGGGUUCUUGAUCACCUCCCUGACCAAGGCCCUUCUCCCCCAAUUGCUCAGUUUGGCCGGGCGGCCAGCUCUAGGAAGAGUCUUGAUGGUUCCAAACUUCUUCCAUUUAAGAAUGAUGGAGGCCACUGUGUUCUUGGGGACCUUCAAUACUGCAGACAUUUUUUGGUACCCUUCCUCAGAUAUGUGCUUCGACACAAUCCUGUCUCGGAGCUCUGCGGACAAUUCCUUCAACCUCAUGGCUUGGUUUUUGUUCUGACAUGCACUGUCAACUGUGGGACCUUAUAUAGACAGGUGUGUGCCUUUCCAAAUCAUGUCCAAUCAAUUGAAUUUACCACAGGUGGAACUCCAAUCAAGUUGUAGAAACAUCUCAAGGAUGAUCAAUGGAAACAGGAUGCACCUGAGCUCAAUUUCGAGUCUCAUAGCAAAGGGUCUGAAUAGUUAUUUAAAUGAGGUAUUUCUGUUUUCAUUUUAAAAACAUUUGCAAAAAUUUCUACAAACCUUUUUUGGCUUCAUCAUUAUGGGGCAUUGUGUGUAGAUUGAUGAUGAUUUUUAUUUAUUUAAUCAAUUUUAGAAUAAGGCUGUAACAUAACCAAAUGUAGAAAAAGUCAAGGGGUCUGAAUACUUUCUAAAUGCACUAGCUACUGGUUUAUUCAUAUGAACUUUCACCCCACCCUCAUUCUGUAACCUAUGUUAGCUAAUAUGAUGGACAUACUAUCAGUGAUACCCGAUAUUGAAGGGUUUAAAAAUUCCAAAGGGCUUUCGAUGAUUGAGUUCUCAGGAUUUUUCCUUGUCUCUUGACACCCAUCGGGUGUCUAGGAUUGAUACGGACUGUAGGAACAAGGAUGACCCAGUUCUUCGGAACGUCUGGAAACCUGAUCCCGAACUGGAGCUGCAUACACAGAUUAGAUGGCAUUCCAGUGACAGGGGAUGAGACGGAUACAAACAGAUAGCCAAGCCCUGUAUUGAAGUCUCAGAGUAGGAGUGCUGAUCUAGGAUCAGUUUUGCCUAUUAGAUAAUAAUGACUAAUAUUAUAUGAAUGGGGGGGGGGGGGGGGGGGGGGGGGGGCUAUGUGAAGGAUACUGCAUUAGAAUGAUGUGUGAAUACAUAGUUCUUUGAGCUUUGGGGACUUUAGCUGUCAUCGUUCUUACUGUAUGUCUGAGAAAAGCAAAGUAUAUUUACCCUCUUGGAAAUUACCUCUGUGGCAUCUUUUUUUUAUUCUUCAAGUGGAUACAGAAAUAAAGUAGGCUGUAUAUUCUCCCUCAGUUUAUUAUCUUUGGCAUAAUGGAUUAAAAUGAAUCCACAGGGAUAACUCAGAUAUUACUUCUUCAAUACAGGAAAUGAUGUUGCUACAAAUGAGGAUUUUGCUGUUGAUGUGGAUUAUGUGUUACAUUUGGGACACUGUUCCAGCAUUUUCAAUGACAGACUUUUCCUUGACAUUUUCUGUGUAUUUCUUUUUCUGGAAAGUCCUUGUAGCAUCUGUAUUAACCCACUAGAGGGCAAUCACUACCAAUAAAUUAAACGCACUGUAAAGCAAGGUAGCAGAUCACAGCCUGUGUUUUUACUCAGCGCUCAGUACUUCACUAUCAACACUGCUGUGGCUGACAAUAUAAAUGUGUGAUGAUCAUUGCUGGGCUUGUGUUCCCAGGUCAAUAAUGCAGAGAUUGACAUGAGUCCUGUCCAGGAGGAUGAGGGGCCCAAUGCAGUGUCUCAGCUGGCCAAGAGAGUAAGCACACACACACACACACACACACACACACACACGGCAUGGAACUUAAUACAGACUUUACACCUUCAUCUUACAUUAAUCUUACAAAUUCCGAAGGAUUGGCAUUGGACACUGUGUGUGUGUGUUUAGAUGCAGGGUGCCGGGGCUAAAGGCUGGAACAGGAUGUCAGCGCUCUUCAACAAAGAGGACGAGCACCAGCUAUUGGAGGAGACUGAGAGCCCGCCUGUCCCUGACCAGUCAGUGGGACUCUACUCUUCUACACAGCUCUCUAUCCCCCCCUCCUCUUCCUCCUCCUCCUGAACAUGGAAAUAUUAGCCAUGUCUGAUGAACUAAUGCUCAAUUAAAUAAAUAAAUCAUGUAAUUUAUAUUCAUUGAGUUAAACAUAUAAUGAUACACAAAAUGACGAUCCCACUCUCUCCCUUGUAUCCCCAGUCCACUAGCUGUGAUGCCUGAGGAGCCGCAGAGACCGGCCAGACCCUCAGGAUUCUGGGGUAGCUUCGCCACCAACUGGAAACAAAUGGCCGCCUCUAAACAAGCUGAAGCCGCAGCAAACGAGGCGGGCACGAUGGAGGAGGGUCAGGAGGCGGUGGGGGAGGGAGGUGGCGAGGGAGGAGGGGGGGAGAGUUACCAGGGGGAGAGCGCGGAGGGAGAGCAGAUUCAAGACGGAGGAGGAGGGAGCAACACCAGCUUCUCCAAAUACGCCAUGCUGGGAGGAGGGAGCGAGAACACGCCCUUCAAGUGGAACUUUGUCACAGGCAAGCUGGCUGAGUUGAAGACCAAGAGCAUGGCUGGCCAACAAGACUAACAAGCCAGUUGUAUGGGGGUGGGAUGGGGUCUGGGACAGGGGUUGAGCCUGGUCCCAGAUCGUUUUAUGCUGUCUUGCCAACAUUGCAUAGCAGUGACCAUAGGAGUUGGCAAGACAGCGCAAACAGAUCUGGGAACAGGCUACUCGUAACCCACUAUCAUCUUCAUUCUACUUGCUCUGGUGUAGAUUGUAACCUCCACAUCAACACCAGUAGCAAGGAUGGCAGUCUGUUGCUGCUGUAGCCAACUUGUUGUCGCUUUGCAAGUUGGUGAUAAAGCAGUUGGUUUAAGCAGAAACAGACUGGCAUUCAGGCUAACCUGAGCCACAACAUCAGAUGAUUCCUAAUCCCAAAAUCGACUUUUCAGAUCUAAGGGAGUGUAUAGGGAGUAGGGACUAGGGGUCGAUUUGGAAUUUAGCACUCAUCUCCCUUUCCAUACCUUCUCCAUAGUGUUGAACUGUACAGCAUUUGAAGCACAGUGGCACCCAUAGAUGGCAUUUAGUUCAUGUCAUAGGACUCGUACCUGAAAAUGACACCAACAAACAGGCUGGAUUAGAUCAGUCAACCAACAAUACCAGAUUAAGAGAUUACAGAUUACACACAGAGAGGGAUAGUGAGAUUAGGUGUUGGAUUAUGGCACACAUUUGGAAAGGGAUUUCAUAGCUGAUGAGAUGAUAAGAUUUUGCUUUUGCUGUAAACCAUUUUGCAAUGUAUAUAGGAAAUAUCUAAUAUUUUCUUGUGAAAUUAAGAAUGGGGGAAAUAGGAUGUACAAAAUUUGAAUGUUUGUGAUUACAUGGCCUUUCAGGACAUAAUAUUUGGCUAACUGUUCUGGGUGACUGGAGGUGAUGGUUUGAGUGUCUUGGGUUUAACUUAUUUUGGCAUGAGACUGGUAACUUGUUACAAAGCAUAAUUGCAGUGUGACUCUGCUGCAUCCCUUUUGUGACACUUGUCUGUAAGAAAGUCAUGUGUCCAUAUUGUUAUUCUGUCUGUCUAGCCUGUUUUCCAAUACGCUUUUCAAAUGUUUUGUUCUGAUGUGUUGCUACCUCUUGUGCACCAAUAAAGACUAUUGCACUAGUAAUUCACCAUCAAGAAUGACAGGUCAAUGAGGCAAAGCACAUGUAAGGGCGUAGGUCUGACUUCAACAUUGGGGUGGGACAAUAUCGCCUCUUUUUUAAUAUUGACCUUGUAAGAUACAUGCUUGCAUGUGAGCCCAAAGCACAUAAGAGCCAAUAGACACGUGAGAACAUGACAGAGGACAUAGACAAAUGACAGCCAGGCCUUUCUCACAAUAGCUCACUACAGGAGGAGGGGAUAUACAGCUGGGGGAGUCAUUAACUUACAUGUGAACUCCUAUACGUGCUGAGACCACAUGAGGUCUAUGGGAGUAGUGUGGGAAGAUCUAAGACACCCCUUGAGCCUUGUUGUCAUGUGUACAUGUCUGUGUGAGCCUGGUCAUGCUGUGCAUCUGUCUGUCUGUGAUCAUGGCCUGGUUACUAUGGCAUGGGUCCAACUGUUGUCUCAUACCUCUCACCCUCAGGGUCAGUGAAGUCACAACCUUUCUUGUUUUUGGACAGAAGAUAAGUGGGGAUAUGAGAGGAGAGCAGGGGUUAGUUUGAAGAGUUUACAAGGUUGUGCUUUAGAGGGAAGUCUUCUACAGUCAACAGCAGGGGGUGAUAUUUGCCAAGUCAUGGGUCAACUUCACAGUGAGUAUGGUACUACUGGAAAGUACUCUGGAUGGCUCUCACUUGCAGUCAUCUGUUAUAUAACAGUAUAGCUCUCAAUUAUCAAUCAAUCAAUCACAUUUUAUUUAUAAAGCCCUUUUUACACCAGCAGAUGUCACAAAGUGCUAUACAGAAACCCAGCCUAAAACCCCAAACAGCAAGCAAUGCAGAUGUAGAAGCACGGUGGCUAGGAAAAACUCCCUAGAAAGGCAGAAACCUAGGAAGAAACCUAGAUAGGAACCAGGUUCUGACGGGUGGCCAGUCCCCUUCCGGCUGUGCCGGGUGGAGAUUAUAACAGUACAUGGCCAUUAAGGCCAGAUUUUUCUCCAAGAUGUUCAAACAUUCAUAGAUGACCAGCAGGGACAAAUAAUAAUCACAGUGGUUGUAGAGGUUGCAACAGGUCAGUACAUCAGGAGUAAAUUACACUUGGCUUUUCAUAGCCGGGCAUUUAGAGGUUGAAAUAGCAGGUGUGGUAGAGAGAGAGAGUUGAAAACAGCAGAUCUGGGACAAGGUAGCACGCCCAGUGAACAGCUCAGGGUUCCAUAGCCGCAGGCAGAAGAGUGGAAACAGGAGUAGCAGCACGACCAGGUGGACUGGGGACAGCAAGGAGUCAUCAGGCCAGGUAGUCCUGAGGCAUGGUUCUAGGGCUCAGGUCCUCCGGGAUGGGAGGGAGAGAGGGAGAGAAUUAGAGGGAGCAUACUUAAAUUCACACAGGACACCGGAUAAGUCAGGAGAAUAACACCAGAUAUAACAGACUGACCCUAGCCCCCCGGCACAUAGACAAUUGCAGCAUACAACACACAAUUCAGUCCCAUUCAAAUUACUCUUUAUUUAAUGUCAUAUAAGUUCUCUCUCUCUAUCACACAUACGCACACACUGUCUUGUAUAACUAACCUUGUGGGACACACAAUUUAGUCCCAUUCAAAUUCCUAUUUUCGCUAACCCCUAACCCUAACCCUAAACCUCACCUUAACCCUAACCCUAACCUUAACCCGAAAACCUAACCUUAACCCUAAACCUAACGCUAGCUCCUAACCCUAACCCCUAAUAUUUACAUAUAGCCAGAAUACAUACAGGCCUGCCCAUGCUUCCUAUCGGUAACUUCCUCCCAGAUGGACAGCUUUAUUGUCAUUUACAGCAGACAGACAGACAGACUACAGUACCUCUCCCUUCCUCUCUCUGUCAGUUCCUUUCCCCCUUUUAUUUCCUCUCUCACCAUUCUGUUUGCUCCAUAUCCUCUCUGUCUGCUCUCAAUCCAAUUUCCUGUCUAACCGAUACGCUUCCUGUCUCAAAAUGUUAGUCAAUUAUGUUGAAAAAAUGUAAAUCCACUAGCAAAGUAGAAGUAAUGGUAACUUCCAAAUGGAGAAUUGAUUUGGAACCAUCAGUGAGUUGGUGGAGUUACGUCCCAAAUGGCAUCCUAUUCCCUAUAUUGUGCAUUAUUUUCUACCAGAGACCUAUCCCACUGAGCACACACUGGUUGAAUCAACGUUGUUUCCACAUCAUUUCGAUGAAAUUGAACCAACGUGGAAUAGUCGUUGAAUUGACGUCUGUGCCCAGUGUGAUGGGCCCUGGUCAAAAGUAGUACACUAAAUAGGGACUGCCACAUCCUCAAUCAACCCCUAUUUAUUUCCCCUAUGGACUUUACUCUAUUACUCGACAGUGAAAAGAGAAUCCAUUUAUAUUGAUCCCCUUUCAUCACUGGGCUAUACGACAAUCCCUCUGUAGUGUGUGGCAGUGUGACAGUUGACACAGAAAGGGUGAUGCCACAGCUGUCAGCCUCUGUUUGAAUCACAACAAGGCAUGUCCCCUUCCCACCCCUCAUGUCCCCUUCCCACCCCUCAUGUCCCCUUCCCACCCCUCAUGCCCCCUUCCCUCCCCUCAUGUCCCCUUCCCACCCCUCAUGUCCCCUUCCCACCCCUCAUGCCCCCUUCCCACCCCUCAUGUCCCCUUCCCUCCCCUCAUGCCCCCUUCCCUCACCUCAUGUCCCCUUCCCACCCCUCAUGUCCCCUUCCCUCCCCUCAUGCCCCUUCCCUCCCCUCAUGUCCCCUUCCCUCCCCUCAUGUCCCCUUCCCACCCCUCAUGUCCCCUUCCCACCCCUCAUGCCCCCUUCCCACCCCUCAUGUCCCCUCCCCUCCCCUCAUGUCCCCUUGCCACCCCUCAUGUCCCCUUCCCACCCCUCAUGUCCCCUUCCCAACCCUCAUGUCCCCUUCCCUCCCCUCAUGCCCCCCUUCCCACCCCUUCCCACCCCUCAUGUCCCCUUCCCUCCCCUCAUGUCCCCUUCCCACCCCUCAUGUCCCCUUCCCACCCCUCAUGUCCCCUUCCCUCCCCUCAUGUCCCCUUCCCUCCCCUCAUGCCCCCUUCCCUCCCCUCAUGUAGAGCAUGAGGGAAUCACAAAGUGCACGUUGACAGACUGUGUUCACAGUUUGAACUGAGAGUACACUUCAGUGAGGGGAAAUGAGGGCACACAGAAACACAAUGAGGUUGAGGCCAAAUCUCCAGUGUGCUGAAGUUUACUGGAUGUCUAGGCUUCAAAUAUGUGUCAGUGAGCAUUGGGUCACAUAAGCAUGUUUAGUCCAUCAAUAGGAUAAACAAAUGUGUUUGGUUGAGCUAAUGUAUAAUGUGCAACAGUGAUUUUAUAUAAUACACAAUGUACACAAGUAUAGUGUUCCCUGAAUGUGUGUAUAUGUUUAAGUGGAGGGUUAUUUAUUCACUUGUUUGAGAAACUGUAAAGAGAGAGAGAGUGAGAGAGAGAGAGAGAGAGAGAGAGAGAGAGAGAGAGGAGAGAGGAGAGAGAGAGAGAGAGGAGAGAGGAGAGAGAGAGGAGAAAGAGAUGGAGAGGAGAGAAAGAGGGAGAGAGAGGAGAGGAGGAGAGAGAGAAAAAGAGAGAAAAAGAGAGAGAAAAUGAGCGCGAGAGAGAGCGAGAGAGCAACAGCAACAGCGACUGAGAUAGAGUGAGAGAAAGUGACAGAAAGAGAGAGAUAAAAAAAAGAGGGCAAGCAGAAUCAGAAGGGUGUUGAAGGUUGUAACAGAGUGAGCCACAACAACCCCAACCCCUAGAUUAGGGUGUUUAGGUUGAAGUACUCAAUCUUAUCUUGACAUUACAUGACUCACAGAUGCCCAGGCAUACAGGUUGUCUCGUCUGGCGCCCUGCCUUGUUGAGAGCAGUACAUCCCUGUUUAAAUAUGUAAGCCAAACCACAAGGCCUUUUCAUAGGGGUGUAUGGAGACACUUGAAAACUCUCUGUAUCUCUCUUCACUCUCUUUCUCUCUCUGUCGCUCUGUCUGUCUCACUCUUUCUCUCUGGAAACCUGACCCUACCAACCCUGUGUCCUGUGCCAUAUGGCCAAUGAAUGUUCUGUCCCCUUAUGUUUCCUGCUCUGUUCCCUCUGGGCCUCCCAUGUCUGCAGGUGUGUCUCUACUGCUACCUCCCUCUCUACUACAUUCCAAGACAUGAUCCCAGAUUGUCAGAGGCUGGGUCUUGUUUUCUUUUUGAACCGCUGAAUGACUGAACAACGACGACUAAACAGUAACACUCCUGUGCACAACACUGCCUGGUGGCUGAGUUCUUCCAUAAAGUAAGAACUGCCAACAAAAGCAGGCCCACAAAUGCUGUGUGAGCAUGUGUUCAUUGUUGCACUUAGCCCACACUAUUUGACCACUCUUUCCUGGAUCAGGAGAAGAAGGUAGCAGGUAGUUUUGAAGUUUAAUGAGCAGAGUUUGUAAGGGAUUCUUUCUCACCCAAAAUGCCCUAUUGUGGUGAGGAUACCUUUGUAAUUAUCGUGAUGUGUAAAAUUACACCUAGUUAAUUAUAGCAUCAAUAUAAUGAGAAAAAACAUGUGCCUUUAACUAUGAAUCUAAUGCUACUAACCUUAGAAGCAUUUAACAAAGUACAUUUUGUAAUGCUACUGGCACAUGUAUUAGACACAGUGCAUGUUCUAGAUCAACAAAAUUGCAGUCAGACUGAAUAAUCACUGGUCCACAAAUCAUCUUGCAUCCCAAAUAACUGGUCAUUAUAUGAUGAAGAUUAGCAAUUCUGUGCCUCACCUUGCUCAAACUGAUCUCCACAAACACAAUGACAGACAAGUGAAGAGGAUAUUACAUUUACAUUUUAGUCAUUUAGCAGACGCUCUUAUCCAGAGCGACUUACAGUUAGUGAGUGCAUACAUUUUCAUACUGCCCCCCCGUGGGAAACGAACCCACAACCCUGGCGUUGCAAGCGCCAUGCUCUACCAACUGAGCUCAAAGGUGACCUCUUGUGAACUGAAGUGCUUUGUCCUCUCCAACCUGUUAAUAGAUUGUUCCCCUGGUUGGCCCUGAGAGUGAACAGCAGACCAGGUAGACAUCCACAGGGGAAUUACCCAUAAGCCCUUUAUUGGUCAGCUAUUUAAAUCCAUCAUACAAACAGGAUGAGCUCAGCAGGAGACUAUUCGUCUGGGGUCAUUUUUAGAACAUAUUUCAAAAGAAUUGCUUUGAAUCAAAUUGCUAUGUGAUUAUAGCUGUAAGUUGAUGAUGCAUUUCCAACUCUGACCACUGAACAUCCUGUCCAGUCUGUAAGUCGUCCUGGUCAGUUGAAGUUACACCUCAAACAUAGCCAACUGGGGUGUCUGUUUUAGCCCCGACAAGUUCCAACUAGGCUACCCUAAGUAUGAAACAGACCUUGAAAAUGACCAAAGCUUUCAUGUCUUCGUCUCACAUGGAAAAAUAUUGAAAUUAUAUUGCUCACACUUAAGCCACAUUUUUGAAUUUGGCUCUAAUGUCUCUCCUUUUACAAGCAUAGUAAAACAAACAGUAAAGCCAGUCACCUGAUGACUCACACACACAGGCAGCAGUCCCAUCUGGAAACCUACCUGUGUGAACACACAAAGCACAUAGGGAAACAGAUGUGAGGAGGACGGGGUAUGUUAUUGACCUGUUCACCUGGGUUUCCCCUGUGGAUGUCUACCUGGCCUGCUGUUCACUCUCAGGGCCAACCAGGGGAACAAUCUAUUAACAGGUUGGAGAGGACAAAACACUUCAGUUCACAAGAGGUCACCUUUGAAUAAAUCUGCUUUUUCUUUUGUUAAACAUUUCCAUCUCCAAUGGAAAAACAGACAGAAGUGUCAGAGUGCACAGGCUAAUUAUUGGAUUCACUCUUGGAUUCACAGGUUUUCCUAUUUGACAGUUUAUAGUUAUAAAAUAUUGUUGAUGUCAUAGUUAUUUCAGCUACGGGGUAAAUGACCUGCCAGAUGGGCAGAACCAGCUCCUUAAUUAUUUUCAAAGAAAAACAGCAGAUAUCCAAAGUAGAGUGAGCUCAUACUCCCAAUCAAAGUGUUCUGCCGAGAGAUACAGUGAGGGAAAAAAGUAUUUGAUCCCCUGCUGAUUUUGUACGUUUGCCCACUGACAAAGAAAUUAUCAGUCUAUAAUUUUAAUGGUAGGUUUAUUUGAACAGUGAGAGACAGAAUAACAACAACAAAAAUCCAGAAAAACGCAUGUUAAAAAUGUUAUAAAUUGAUUUGCAUUUAAUGAGGGAAAUAAGUAUUUGACCCCCUCUCAAUCAGAAAGAUUUCUGGCUCCCAGGUGUCUUUUAUACAGGUAACGAGCUGAGAGACACCUGUCCACAGAAGCAAUAAAUCAGAUUCCAAACUCUCCACCAUGGCCAAGACCAAAGAGCUCUCCAAGGAUGUCAGGGACAAGAUUGUAGACCUGCACAAGGCUGGAAUGGGCUACAAGACCUUGGUGAGAAGGUGACAACAGUUGGUGCGAUUAUUCGCAAAUGGAAAAACACAAAAGAACUGUCAAUCUCCCUCGGCCUGGGGCUGCAUGCAAGAUCUCACCUCGUGGAGUUGCAAUGAUCAUGAGAACGGUAAGGAAUCAGCCCAGAACUACACGGGAGGAUCUUGUCAAUGAUCUCAAGGCAGCUGGGACCAUAGUCACCAAGACAACAAUUGGUAACACACUACGCCGUGAAAGACUGAAAUCCUGCAGCGCCCGCAAGGUCCCCCUGCUCAAGAAAACACAUAUACAUGCCCGUCUGAAGUUUGCCAAUGAACAUCUGAAUGAUUCAGAGGAGAACUGGGUGAAAGUGUUGUGGUCAGAUGAGACCAAAAUUGAGCUCUUUGGCAUCAACUCAACUCGCCGUGUUUGGAGGAGGAUGAAUGAAGGGGUUGCCAAACGUCAGCCUCGAAACCUUAAUGACUUGGAGAAGAUCUGCAAAGAGGAGUGGGACAAAAUCCCUCCUGAGAUGUGUGCAAACCUGGGGGCCAACUACAAGAAAUGUCUGACCUCUGUGACUGCCAACAAGGGUUUUGCCACCAAGUACUAAGUAAUGUUUUGCAGAGGGGUCAAAUACUUAUUUCCCUCAUUAAAAUGCAAAUCAAUUUAUAACAUUUUUGACAUGCGUUUUCCUGGAUUUUUUUGUUGUUAUUCUGUCUCUCACUGUUCAAAUAAACCUACCAUUAAAAUUAUAGACUGAUAAUUUCUUUGUCAGUGGGCAAACGUACAAAAUCAGCAGGGGAUCAAAUACUUUUUUCCCUCACUGUAUCUUCCCUUUUCGUUUGAGUUCUGGCCUCUGUCUCACUCAGAGGAACUCUGUCACGCAUCCAUAAUCCAGAAGUGAUAAUGUGUUGAUGAUGCAGUCAGUGUGUGUGUGUGUGUGUGUGACUUUGUGUGUGUGUUAAAUAAUAGGACAUGCUCACAGUGCAGUCAUAUGAGAAAACAUAGAGUUGACAGCUAGCUGGGUAUCUAUUGCUUUUCCUGUCCUCCUUUUAAACCCAGAAAGCUGAUCUGAAAUCUGUGGCCUGGCUGUGUGAGGAUUGAGGAAAUCUCCAAGGUUUUUCGCAGGGAGAGGAAAAGAAGAUGGAAAGCGGUCCAAUUAUUCACACACCCUCUUCUGUUCCUUCUAACCCAUUCACGUUGCCUUGGGAUUCUCACAGGAACAGGAGUGGCCGAGUUUCCAGCUCUCAGUUCGUAAUCUGCCAACUCAAUCUCAGCCUCUGUAAUCUCCUGGGUCUUUAGGGGUGGAUUUGGGACACUCCCUACACCCCUCCCCUUUUCGCUAUCUCCCCCACUAUCUCCAUCAGAGGGGUAAUCUCGCCAUUCCACCAUCAUCUCAUACCCCCCAAUCUCCCCUAAAACUCCCACAACACACACAAGCCUUUAGAAUCCCCCCAGCCUCUCCACCCCUCCGACCACCCCAUCCCCCAUCAGCUACCUCUCUCUUUCUUCCUCCACUCUUUCACUGCAGGACAGUUUAUCCCACCUCCCAAACUUGGGACUGUCGCCUCAGUCCUCUGUAAAUACAGUAGAUUGAUUUGUCUAUGGUGAUUAUUAUUAUCUGUAACAAGGGUUUAGGGGUUGAGGGACUGACUAUUAAAUGUCUAGGGAGUCAAUACGUUCUCUGUCAAUUAUGUGCACAUUCAUCUGUGCCGUCUUGAAGCCUGCUGCCUGCUUAACAUUGUUAUAUUGAUUUUCCCUCAGCCAUUAUGUUUUGCAUAAAGAGUUAGAGCAGAGAACUGCUAUCCAAUAAGUAAAAUAAUGUAAGGAUUAUCGCAAACGUUAUACAAAUCACAGUGAAACCAUCUUUGAACUGCAACUGACAUCUUUCUCUGACAGUUAAUACUGAUGAAUAAGGACACGUUGUAUACUUUUCUUUCAUUUCAUUCAAUUCAAUCAUUCAGUUCAAUCCAAAACAGUGUCAUGGUUGUUGUUGGACAGUCAAAGUGACCCUCAUAAUGUGGUGUUAUGAGUUUUGUCUUUGCUUUGUAUAUUUGGAACAUGGUGGCUCUAGAAUGCAGGAUGAGUUCAGCAACCCCUCACAAAAAGUGUCACGUUUCUGUUUCUACAGCUGUUUGGGAUGUUGUUCUUUGCUCUGCUCCUGUGUUGCAGCUAGAGCCCCCCCCCCCCCCCCCCCCCGCUCCCUUUCAAACCCAGCCCUCUCCCCUUCCUAAACCCCACAGGGGGAAGGGACCACUACUGAAAUAGGCUCAGUCCUAGCAUAAGAUAUGGCAAUAUCAAACAAAUAGCUAAGUCAUAAUCCUCAACAUAACAAACCAAGGAGGAAAUGUCAUAUUGGUCUGCCGAAUGAUAAAACCAGAAGACAAUAUCCAUACUUCAAUACUUCACAUCUUGUCUGAGAUCAGUGCCUUAGAACAGUCAAUGGAUGGCGGGGGCAGAUAGGCCUAUAUGUCCAUUCUUGACCCAUGAGCUCGUCUUCCACCCCUUCCACACCUCACACUCCCCCUUACUCCUGCAGUAGCCAUGCAUGCCCCCAUCCGUCCCGCCUGUCAUCAAGGUGUCAUUAAAAGCCCUAGUCUGCAUGUCUGCUAGUCGUUCCUCCGUGGGCCCUGACAGAAAUCCCUCCUCAUGCCGCCUAGCUCCUCCGUCUCUAUUUCGGACUGACCUGAGAAUCUGGUGUGUCGCUGGGUACUGGGGGGGUUGAUGGGGAGUUGAUAGAGGUUGUCAGGAGGCAGCGCUAUUGUGGGAUAGAGAGGAUUGGGGGGUAGGGAAGUGGGGAUUGGGCUUUAAUCUUGACCCGUAUGGAUUUAACUGGCCAAAAAAAACAGAACAUUUAAGAUGUGCCUCCCCCACAAACGGGAUAAUACACAAUACAAAGGGAUAACUCAGAUAUGACAAUCCUCUUUGGAUGUCGCAAGAGCUAUUGAAUCCUAUUUGUGGACCCCAUUGGCCAUAUUAUUUUACACAUAUUUAACACCUUUUUUGUGUAGGCACAAAACUACCUUCAUCCUUCCAUUCAAUUUUUAAAACCGGUACCGGUUUCCUUCAGACGACUCUAAACUGACAGAUUUUGAUGAGGAUUUUUGUAUUAUGUUACUUAGAUUAACGCACCAGUGUAUCAAUCGACUCUAAGGGGAACACCUGCUCUUUCCAUGACAUAGACUGACCAGGUGAAUCCAGGUGAAAGCAAUGAUCCCUUAUUGAUGUCACUUGUUAAAUCCACUUCAAUUAGUGUAGAUUAAGGGUCCUCCAGGUUAAAUAAGGAUUUUUAAGCCUUGAGACAAUUGAGACAUGGAUUGUGUAUGUGUGCCAUUCAGAGGGUGAAUGGGCAACAUGAAAGAUUGAAGUGCCUUUGAACGGGGUAUGGUAGUAGGUUCCAGGCGCACCGGUUUGUGUCAAGAACUGCAAUGCUUCUGGACUUUUCACGCUCAACAGUUUCCCGUGUGUAUCAAGAAUGGUCCACCACCCAAAGGACAUCCAGCCAACUUGACCCAACUGUUAGAAGCAUUGGAGUCAACAUGGGGCAGCAUCCCUGUGGAAUGAUUUCGACACCUUGUAGGGUUCAUGCCCUGACGAAUUGAAGCUGUUCUGAAGGCAAAUGGGGGGUGCAACUCAAUAUUAGGAAGGUGUUGCUAAUGUUUGGUAUUCUCAGUGAACUGUAUAUUGGUUUUAACCAGACUGUAAGCCCAGUUUGACAGGGCCAAACAUUGGAUAGAGCGACUGCUCCCAGAGUUUAAAGGCCUGGAUUAGUGCUGCGCAAAUCCCUUCAGUCAACAUCCUUAGGUGACAUCAUGCAGGUGAUUUGCUUUGAGGAAGGCCUAAUUGAGUCACUCAAUAACUUUACACCUGUCUGAGUGACAGGUGAAUUAACCAAUUAGACACCUGGGUUAAGCUCUGGCCCCUCAGGGCGGUUUCUGUCCCUCCAUGUCAUUUGAGGACCCCACAGGACCACACAGAGCCCAGCCCGUCCGUACUGUGCCUGAGGGUCAUUUGCAGAAAGGCCUGUAUUAAGACAUAGACAAAGCCAUCUGCUGUCUGUAAUUUGAAGAAUUAAAUGUCCUCUAUUCAUUUUCGAGGACAUAGUUAUCUUUGUGCCACUUUGCACAGUUGUUGUUUGCUCAUUUGGGUUUGCAUUGACGCAUAAAUAUCACAGGCAAUACAUUACUUUUGAUUGAAUAUAAUAAUAAUAUGCCAUUUAGCAGAUGCUUUUAUCCAAAGCGACUUACAGUCAAGUGCGCAUGCAUUUUUACGUAUGGGUGGUCCCGGGGAUCGAACCCACUACCCUGGCGUUACAAGCGCCAUGCUCUACCAAUUGAGCUACAGAGGACCACAUAAAUAAACAUUCACUCUCCAAUUCAAAUUAGCGAUUCUCCUGCAAGAGGAAUGUUUGUUGUGAUUUCCACGUUGAUUAAGGAUAUUUCUCAGCCAAGCAAACAAAAUUGCUCAGAGGGUUACAUAUAAAUAGACUUCCCUGUAAAACAUUAUGCAUCUCUUCUUCUCAUCCUCUCUCUGAGCUGGUUUCCUUUCAUUAACUGGAGAUUCAGUAUAUAUACAGUUAGCCUACAGUACAUGUACUCCUGAUGAUCAUUGCAUAAGUACUGUGCUUAAAUGUAGAAAUACAAAUAAUCUUAUGAAAAACGUGAAACAUAUAGAGCCACCCUCUAUAUGACACCAGGAAAUUAAAAAGUAUAUAUUUUUAAACGUAUAAUCACAGAUAUACAGUAAUUAGAGAGAAGAUUUGACUCUGCUCUAUAUCAGGGUCCUACUCCUCCCUGUCAGCAGAUGUUCAGAUUCUGUGCAUCCCUAUAUAUCACUCAUUUACACAUAACUCUUGGUCAUCAAUGACUUAUGAUGGACAGUCAGAGUUUUGACUGAGAACUGAUGAAUUCCUGAUAUGGAUGCCAUAUAGUAACUCUAGCUAGUUUCGACAGUGGACAAUGUGGUGGGCAGAUAUCCUCUAAUAUUAUGGCGGCCAUUUUUGGCUGCUAUCUCAGGGGAGGUCCUGAGCAGCAUGGCGCCGUGGUGAAGGGCCAUUCCUCUCCAUGCCAACCAGGCAGGGGUUAAAUAAGGAACGGCGAAACCCCAGAGCAGUGGGCGACUGUGGGCGAGGUCAUACACACACACUCUGGUCUGCUUUGAUGUUGGUCAGUCGGGGCUGGAGCACAGCAGGCAAUCCCACAGGAGCCUAAGGAGAAACCCCAUAGGGAGGAGUGACACUACACUCUGCUCUCCGUCUAUACUCUCACACAGAGCCACUUACACUACCUGUCUCUAAGUUUAGCUUAGAAAUCUUAUUAAAGGGAUACUUCGGGAUUUUGGCAAUGAGGGCCUUUAUCUACUUCCCAUGAGUCGGCUGAACUCAUGGAUACCAUUUUUAUGUCUAUGUGUCCAGUAAUGAAGGAAGUUAGAGGUAGUUUCCUGAGCCAUGCUAGCAGAUACACAUAGACUUCCUGUCAUUGCGCUAACGCUAGUUAGCAUUGGCUUGCUAGUAUCCCUUUAACACAUAGCCUAGAUUUCGAGGCUUAAUAACGUUUGUUUGCUCCAGAAACGGAGUAAUUCACUUAAAUUGGACAGUGAACAACAUACCUACUUCCCUGUAAAAAGCCUGGGAGUUGUGUGUUUUCAGUCCCACUCUCUACCCCAUAUCCUGGGACCUAACUUGGUUUAGCUUCCUGCUCCGUGGGAAUAUGUGUAAACUCGUCCCAUGCAGAUAUACAGCCGGCAAUUAGAGGGAGAGAGACAGAAGACGGUAAAUUACUACCAAAUCCUCCCUGCCGGCCAGUCCCCUGAGUCUGGCUGCUUUCUAAUCAGGAGGUUUCAGAGUGGUAGGCCUCCUUUCUCUCUCACACUGCCCCAAGGUCACAGUCUUAAAGGGAUACUUUGGGAUUUUGGCAAUGAGUCCCUUUAUCUACUUCCCCAGAGUCAGAUUAACUUGUGGAUACCAUUUUUAUGUCUCUGCCUGCAGUUUGAAGGAAGUUGCUAACUAGCGCUAGUGCAAUUGCUAACUAGCGUUAGCGGAAUGACUGGAAUUCUAUGGUAUCUGCUAGCAUGCAUUGGCUCGUGAAACUACUUCUAACUUCCUUCAUACUGGAGUCAUAAAAAUGGUAUCCACGAGUUCAUUUGCCAAAAUCCCAAAGUAUCCCUUAAAGCUGUGACGGAUUCUCCUCUUAUGAGCAGAAAUAUGGUUGUUUUCCCCCUUUUUUUUAUAAGGAGACAUAUUUCAGUUUCUCAAUCAGACCUGUUAUAUCUUUGUACAUUGCACAAACAAAUUUAACGGCUUGGGUAACACAUCAAAGCUCAAACCAAGGAAAGGAGCAAGUCACUCACUAGUUAAAGCUGGCCCAUAUUGUGAACAUGUGGGGAUAUGAGACAGUUUUACCUGGCUCUGAGAAAACAUCAAGAACUGAAAGUGAAAUAGAGUAAACGAAAACAGCGGGGAUGCAAUAAGUACGAUUACAUUGUGCGGGUUUUAGUAUGAACUUUAAACUCCCUGGGAGUCGAAUGUCAAAGCAUGAAAGGUCUAGUUGAAGGUUUUUACUAACACGUCUACUGAACAUGGAGCAGCUGUCUGCCUGAUGUUUGCUCCACGUUAGUUCCCACAUGACUAGGAAUAGAUCGGAACAUAUGAUUAGCCAACUCUCCUCACCACAGAUCCUCUUUUACCAAACUAUUCGAUUUAAGAACGCUGCUGUACAUUUUAGCAAUAUACUGUAUAGUAAACCCAAGUUGCAAUGAAUAUAAUUGUUUUUUAUGUCUCAUAAAGAAAAUUAAUAUUAUUACUGACAAUUUAUGAGUGAUAUAAGCCUAAACAUAGCAAGAAUUGGCACAUUUACAUAUAUAUAUUUUUUUUUCUUCAGAAAAUGCAAUUGUUCAUGUUUCAUAAGAGGUGUCAUAUAGGGUUCACGUCUUAACAGAUCCAUUUUGAGUUCACUGUACAUUCACAGAGCCGAUAAACCCAACACACCCAGGCUACCCCCAGGUUAGUUCCAUGUUUGGUUCCAGCAUUGUGUUUCCCCUGACCCUCUCCCUGCCCUGUCAUCAAAGCAGCCUGAACCACUCAACUCCUGACCACAGAGUCUCUCUGUCCUCUCUGCACCACCCAGCCAAAACACAAGGAUUAACUGGCACAGUGCUGUUCAUUACUUUCUCACCUCUCUCCUCUGGCAAUCUAUCCUCCGGUAUCUGGUAAUUCAAUUAGCGUAUUGUGGUAGCUAGCUAGUGUAUUAUGAUGUGGCUAAGGGUAUGACACAGUACUAAGGCAUUAGCUGGUCACCACCAAUGCUUUAAUCUACCAUGAUCCUUGGUCUUCUCAGUCACAGUAAAAACAUCACUGAAACAACAUGUAAUUAGAUUAAAUUAGUCAAUAUCAGUCCGCUUUUAUAUGACAUGUGUUGGAUGACUAAGUAAACUGUUUGUGUUGUAAUUUGCCACUUAGACUCUUGAGGCUUUGCUGCUGUCGCUAAUGACAUUAUCACAUUUUCACAGCUGACGCAAAGUCGAGAGUGUGAGAGGGUGUUACUGUGUCUGAGUGAGAUGUUUUGACUAAGGAAGUCUAUAGCCUACUAACAUUCCAAAACACCCAAGCCACCAGCAUCUCAAUAAACGUUGGUUUCGGUUUCGGUUCAACAAGAACUAGUCAACCCUUGCCCCACAAUGGGCUCCAUUGACCUCGCCACCACAUACAGAAAAUAAAACACAUAAAACUCUUGUCUGCUCUUCCUGUAAGUUUCCACCCGAGCCAACCCAACCCCCCUCCAUCCCCCUUCGUUGUUGUCUUUGCUGACGUCAAACCUUCUUGUGAAGAGGAGCUAGCUGUGUGUGCUGGUGUCUCCUGGUCAGGUUUCCCACAGGGGCGCACUAUACCUCCUCUCCCUGACCCCAGGGAGCGAAGGUCGCAUGAGAGAGGGGAGUGAAAAGGGCUGUCUUCUGAUUUAUGGCCCAGUGGAGCCAUUGGAUCCCCCUGCAUCCCAUGGUUUUUGUUAGGAGAGGGGGCACACUGAAGCUGAACCACCCCCCACCCCCACCCCAUCUACAGGUUUAGGGUCUAAGGUUUCAAACCUUCACAGAGACAGGGUUGGGUAUGGGGAAUGGGUGGGUGGGUGGGUGGAUGGGUGAAAGAGGUAGGUGCGUUCCUUACUUUCUCUGUAGGUAUACAGUGUAAGUAGUUUUGGGUGUUGGAAUCAAACAGAGUAGCAGCAGCGUAAAAAGGAUGGGGUGAAGGGGGCAGUGCAAAUAGUCCGGGUAGCCAUGAUUAGCUGUUCAGGAGUCUUAUGGCUUGGGGGUAGAAGCUGUUGAGAAGUCUUUUGGACCUAGACUUGGCACUCCGGUACCGCUUGCCGUGCGGUAGCAGAGAGAACAGUCUAUGACUAGGGUGGCUGGAGUCUUUGACAAUUUUGAGGGCCUUCCUCUGACACCGCCUGGUAUAGAGGUCCUGGAUGGCAGGAAGCUUGGCCCCAGUGAUGUACUGGGCCAUACGCACUACCCUCUGUAGUGCCUUGCGGUCGGAGGCCAAGCAGUUGCCAUACCAGGCGGUGAUGCAACCAGUCAGGAUGCUCUCGAUGGUGCAGCUGUAGAAUGUUUUUGAGGAUCUGAGGACCCAUGCCAAAUCUUUUCAGUCUCCUGAGGGGGAAUAGGCUUUGUCGUGCCCUCUUCACGACUGUCUUGGUGUGUUUGGACCAUGAUAGUUCGUUGGUGAUGUGGACACCAAGGAACUUGAAGCUCUCAACCUGUUCCACUACAUCCCCGUCGAUGAGAAUGGGGGCGUGCUCAGUCCUCUUUUUUUUCCUGUAGUCCACAAUCAUCUCCUUUGUCUUGGUCACGUUGAGGGAGAGGUUGUUGUCCUGGCACCACACGGCCAGGUCUCUGACCUCCUCCCUAUAGGCUGUCUCAUCGUUGUCGGUGAUCAGGCCUACCACUGUUGUGUCGUCGGCAAACUUAAUGAUGGUGUUGGAGUCGUGCCUGGCCAUGCAGUCAUGGGUGAACAGAGAUCGUCAUAAUGAGCGGACCAAGGCGCAGCGUGAUAUGCGUACAUCUCUUUAAUAGUGUACUAGCAACACGAUACAAAAUACAAAACAACAAAAUGAAACGUGAAGUCCUCGGUCAUGAACACAAACCAACACGGAACAAGAUCCCACAAAUGACAAGUGCACAAAAGGCUGCCUAAGUAUGGUUCCCAAUCAGAGACAACAAGCAACAGCUGAUUCUCGUUGCCUCUGAUUGAGAAACACACCGGCCAACCUAGAAAACACAUGAACUAGAAACUGAACAUAGAACACAAAACAUAGACCCUACACACCCUGGCUCAACAUAUAAGAGUCCCCAGAGCCAGGGCGUGACACUGAUCAGGUUUUGGGAACUACAUUACAUAACUCCAAUACAUAACCCUUGAAAUAUACUGUAGCCUACAUCACAGCAUGAGUCAUAAAUGAUAUAAAUCCAGGGCCGUGCACAGACCUUUCAGGGGGCAGGUGCUCAAAAUUAAAAAAGCUGACUCACCCAAUGAUGCACAGCUCAUUUGCUGGCUUGGCCGAUGCGCUUGUGCCAAAAGCCUCCCACUGGGCACAGACGUCAAUUCAACGUCUAUUCCACGUUGGUUUAACGUCAUUUCAUGGAAACAACGUUGAUUCAACCAGUGUGUGCCCAGUAGGCUAUCACUCUCUUGUAAACAAUGUUCGCUCAAUAGGCCUAUUUGGAAGUUUAUAAAAUAUAUAUUUCUUUUUUACAGCAGACAGAUUACAGUCCUUCCUUUUCAGCAGGAUCCAUUUACUUUCCAACCUGUGUUUUUCCACAAUUUUUUUUUAAAUAUUGCGAAAGGCCUGUUUUGUUGUGCGUUCCCGACUGUAGGCUAUGCCUUAUUAUUGGGCUACAAACAAUCCACAGCUUGGCAAUUUAAAAAAAGAAAAUAUUGAUCCUCCGUGGCUAAAUUAUAGGCAUCACAAGCCAUGCAUGUUUGGACACCGGGCACGCAAAAUCUCCAUACAGGGCAGACUGGGAAAAAGGCACAACCGGGCGCACGUGAGCUCCGUACAUUGCAGACAAACGGACAGGGUAGGGGUGGGGGGUGGUGAACUUGACGACGUCACAACGACUUGGGGGCGGUGGGUUCAGAACAACAAUGACAAAAACUGUAUACACAUUUUUUCUUUACUAUACCACCACCCAAAAGGGCACUUAAUGAGUGGGAGGGCAAAGGGGCAGGUGCUGGGGUACAGGUAGACCCCUGUCUGUUCACAUGCCAGCAUAAAUCAUUGCAUGAAGUCAUCAUCUGUUUGAGUCGUUUCUCCCCCCUGUUAUGGAGUUGUAGUUUUCAGUCAGUCGGAGGUUUGUCUCAGGUUUGUGUCACUGGGUACUUGGGCCUGAGCCCCCCCCCACACACAUACACACAACCAUUUGAGGCCUCCGACUAACUUCCCCCAUUAGUUUGUUGUUGUCAUUGACUAAGACAUCCCUUAUGAAAACGUGCCUCAGGAAUGCCUCCCAUCUCUGUGGCAUGUGCUAGCUCUGUCAUGUGGAUCCUGUGCCGCGGUGGUUGUGUGUUUGCAUGCUCUGGUGUAAGUGUGUGUGGUGCACGUGCGUGUAUUCAUCCCUCUCUCUCUAUAUCUCUCUAUGAGUCAUGAAUCGGGCUUCUCUCAAGCGUGGACGGUUGCAGCAUGCUGGAGCUGCUGGCCCAGAAGAACUAG